UCAUCGUCAUACCUUGGGUAGCUAGCUCCUUCAAAUAGUUCCCACAUCUGAACCUCCCUUCCCUGUCCAGCGCCAUAAAAUCCUCAUCAAUUUGUGCAUCUCUCUCACGAGUGAAUAAUUAAUUGAGGAAGAAGAGGACAGAAAAAAAUGUGCAUAAAACCAGUAGUCCCCUGGGCAUCAUUCUGUAGUGAAGAGAGCAGCAGCAGCAGCACUACAACUACAAGGCAUCGUCCUUAUGGAACAAAUCCAAAACAUCAACUCGUGCGCACGCGCUUUCAACACAGAGGAAGAAGAAGAAGACCAAAAGGAAGCCAUGUUCGAGAAGGCGUUAACGCCGAGCGACGUCGGGAAGCUGAACCGACUGGUGAUCCCGAAGCAGCACGCGGAGAAGUAUUUACCGCUCAACGGUGGGGCUGGGGACGCCAAGGGCGUGUUGCUGGGUUUCGAGGACGAAACCGGCAAGUGCUGGCGCUUCCGAUACUCUUAUUGGAACAGUAGCCAGAGUUACGUCUUGACCAAAGGCUGGAGCCGUUACGUCAAGGACAAGCGCCUCGACGCCGGCGACGUCGUUUCCUUUCAUCGUCACCUUACAGAUUCUCACCGCCUUUUCAUCUGCUGGAGGCGCCGCCACCUUCAUGCCAGUCCCCCAGUUACCAGAGGUGGCCAUGGUGGUGUGAGUGUCGGAUGGACCACCCCCACACCUUUGUAUUCUGGGCAUACUUAUCCCGAGCAUCAGCCUUUGCCAUACCAAACUCAAUCUCUUCAUGCACCAGGAAGAGUUAACGGUGGGGCUGGGGACGCCAAGGGCGUGUUGCUGGGUUUCGAGGACGAAACCGGCAAGUGCUGGCGCUUCCGAUACUCUUAUUGGAACAGUAGCCAGAGUUACGUCUUGACCAAAGGCUGGAGCCGUUACGUCAAGGACAAGCGCCUCGACGCCGGCGACGUCGUUUCCUUUCAUCGUCACCUUACAGAUUCUCACCGCCUUUUCAUCUGCUGGAGGCGCCGCCACCUUCAUGCCAGUCCCCCAGUUACCAGAGGUGGCCAUGGUGGUGUGAGUGUCGGAUGGACCACCCCCACACCUUUGUAUUCUGGGCAUACUUAUCCCGAGCAUCAGCCUUUGCCAUACCAAACUCAAUCUCUUCAUGCACCAGGAAGAGUUUUACCAGCUCAAAGGUCGGCGGUGGGAAACAGUUCAAGUAAAGUACUUAGACUAUUCGGAGUAAACAUGGAAUGCCAAGCAGAACCAGACGAAUCAGGACCUUCCACAUCCCAGCACUCCUCCAACGUCUCAUCAUCAUCCACCCAUCACCACUUCUACCAAUAUGAAUAUCCUCAGCCUUCAUAUACUUCCAGUCCUCACCGCCACAUGGUACGUCAACAAUCAUACUUCUGAUGAGUUAGAUUUUCUUUUUCCUUCAGGUGUAAGAUAGCCCUUAUAAUAUCAGAGCUAAUGCAAUAUCAAACGAUGUACCUGUCAUUAACAUGAAAGCAAUAGUUAUUAAUUAUAAGAGUAGAUAGGUUAAUGUUGAAGAUUAUGUAGUAUCUUUCUUGUCUUUAAUUUAAGGAG